AUGUCGUCGCACGGCAAUACCUAUAGCUAUGAGUCCGAUUCAAAUAGCGACAUCGAGGACAGCAGGCAUCUGAACCAGGCCAGCCCAGCUCUCAAUCACCAAAAGGACUCCCCACGGCCGCUCAUCGACUCUGUUCGCAAUGCCUGGCAAACACGCUCAAAUCCAUCUUACGAUCUGCUAUCCUCGGGAACGAGAGCCGAUACCGAAAAACAUCCCCACUCAGUCCAGAUGGCGCUCACCGUUGUCUCCGCCCCACGGUUCCGCCGGUAUGUGGUAGUUUAUCUAUCUCUGUUCCUCUUGUGCUUGGCUACCUGGAAGUGGAUUCUGUAUCCUCGGCUGCAGGAGAGAAACACCUUGCUUCGUGCAUUGGACCCAGCAACUGCAGAAGAGUCGGGAGGAUGGUUUGGCUCAAGCUCGCCGCCGGCUCUGGAUGGGCUAAUCCUUAUGAAAAAUUUGAAUCCGGAGCUAAUACCAGAUGCUUUGGGCGAGAGCGACGGUCAAACAAAGUCGCGGAAGAGGCUUGUCAUCGUGGGUGAUGUGCAUGGAUGCAAAGAUGCGUUGCUCGCGCUUCUCGAUCAAGUUGAAUUCUCCGCAAAGGAAGGAGACCAUCUCAUCUUUACCGGUGACAUUAUUAACAAAGGACCAGAUAGCAGCGGUGUAGUCGAUCUGGCUCGAGAGAAGUCUGCUUCGUGUGUUCGUGGCAAUCACGAAGACCGAAUCCUUUUGCUCCGACAUGAGAUGGAGAGGACCAAGGCUUUGGAUGGCCCGCAAAAAGGAGAUAAGCAGAUCUACUCUUCUAAGCAGCUGAGGGAACGAGAACUUGCUCGAUCAUUGAGCAAAAAGCAGGUCGAGUGGUUGGAGCAGUGUCCCGUUAUUCUGAACAUUGGGCGUAUCCCCACGAUGGGGCAAGUUGUCGUGGUACACGGUGGCUUAGUGCCGGGCCUUGAACUUGAGGAGCAAGACCCUGCAAGCGUAAUGACCAUGCGUACAAUAGAUGUGGACACUCAUCUCCCCAGCCCUGAAAGCAAUGGGCUAAGCUGGGCUAAGAUGUUCGAUAAACACCAGUCCAUACUUUUCAAGAGCCUGCAAACAGCAAAAGAAGACCCACUUUCGCGAACAAUUACUGCUGUCUAUGGCCACGACGCCAAGACUGGCCUUAAAAUCCGUACCUACACGAAAGGUCUGGAUUCUGGAUGUGUCAAAGGUGGCAAGCUCACUGCACUGGUCAUUGAAGAUGGUGGCAAGCAAAGCCUUGUACAGGUGCGCUGCCGCGACUAUACAUCAGGUUGA